CCCCUUUUCGAGCGGCGCGCAAAGAUAUUGUACUUACAUAUGCAGCCCUGCGCGGCUCGCGAAUGCCUCCCAGCGUGGCGCAAAUCGACGAGCAGCGUCCGCCCGGUUGAAUAUACGCGUACGCCUAAAUGUAUGCAUAAGCAAGUAUAUUUGCGUAAAUAAGUAUAUUUUCAUAACUAUAUAUAUAUGAAUAAAUAAGCGUAUUUGCAUGACUAUGUUUACGUGCGCGUCUUAGCUGUUCCCCGCCGCGAGCGCAUAUGCGAGAUUCACAAGCGAAUUCACAAAUAUAAUAUAGCCAACCCGAACGCUGUCGCGCAGUUUGGACGAAGUGCUCACCCGGUUUGGGGCCCACGUUUGCCGCUAGCGAUUAACCAAGGGGAGACCGCCAAGAGGAAGCAAAACUGGACGGAGCGAAACGGAGCAGUUAUGACAAAAGCGUGACAAGCAUAAUCCAUACGUAGCGAACCGAAGUGCACAAAGCAGAGCAUACCACUCAUACGCUGCAACCCACAAAUAGAGGCCACCCCCCCAGCACACUGCAUGAAAGAAUUAGUGGGAAGAUCGCGAAAUGAAAGAAAGCUCGACGGAAUCUACAACAAGCAAAGGGACGCACUCCUGCACCAGUACAAAAAUGAAAGAGAAAGAAACAAGGACAUAUAUGCCAAUUUGAACAAAAGGAAGGCCAAUGAGACUAUUCCCUUUCCAGAAAUAUACGAGAAAAAAAGAAAAGCGGACAAACCCAAGGUGGUGGACUCCUCCAAAGAGGGCACCCAAAAAGGAGAAAGCAGCGUGAAAGGGGAAGAACAACCCAACCGAGUGGACGACUCAAAUGCAAAAAACAAACGAAGUAAUAGCAGCAUUACCCUCUUUAAGGGAAUCCAUAUGAUUAUAUAUAGACACAUAUUUUCAAAAAGCAAAUUCGUCAAAAGUGUAACCCUUUUUAUAAACCUCUGCAUUAACUAUCUUAAUAAUCAAAAUAAAAAUGUUUUUUUUUUUGCCUUUGAUAAAAUAGUGAGAGUUUUCCUUCGAAAUUACAUCCACGAUGAUGAAGGGCAGACAGCAUCACACAGCAUCUACACCGUUUAUAGUGAAGACGAGCUGCAUAUAAAAUGCAUGGUCUCUCUGUUUGAUAAGGUUAUUAACAGAAUUAUAGACAAUCGCUUCCGCAUAAGUGCGAAUGCUUGCCAGUCGGAGGAGGCCGCAAAUGAUGAUGGCCACUCGGUCAAUACGGAUGGAGCGACGAACGAGGCCCCCGAUGGUGGCGAAGGUAGUGGCGCGUCGCAGCAUAAUGCAGAGGAGGAUACCCCCAAGCAACGGAGCAGCCAAGCAGCGGAUCAGCCAAACACCGUAGUUCUCACCAAACAGGAGAGAAAAUAUCUGAAGGCCCUCAAAAUCAGGGUGUACUAUCUAAUAAUUUUGUACAAGCUUAAUGAUAAUUUUAUUUUCAAUAAGUUGAUUAGCAUUUAUAGGCAGAUCUUGGAGGAGCUGCUGCGGGAGUAUGAGCAGUUUGAGGAGGCCGUCUCUCAGGAGCGGAGGAGGCCCGCGCGGGGCACGACAGGUGGUGCGAAUGUCACCUCCACCGCUGAUCCAGCCGAUGCCGCUGACCCCGCCAAUCCCGCCGCUCCCGCCGCUACCAUGGACGACCUCGCGGAGGAUGAGGACUUCCUGCACCUCCAGGAGAAGUGGACCCUGCCGAGCGACUACGAACUGUUUAAGAUCAAGCGCAGCGCCUUCGUCAAGUGUAUGUCCAAAGUGUUUCACUUCAUCCACGUCAAAUGGGCCAGCACCCUGGUGGAGAGCCUGCUGCUCGACGUGUAUUUUAAAAAACACAUAUUUGAUACCUGCGAUGAAAUACUCAUUGAGAAGCUCCAGUCCGCAGCCAAAGGAAACAUGAACAAGAGAAAAACUCCCACUCACUCUCCCCAUGUUUUAUCCAUAGGAGAAUCCCUAAAUCCGGUGGUGGACGCCCGGGCGGAGAAAAUCGUGUCUCUCCAUGGUUCGCACGUUUGGUCUACGAAGCAGAUGGAGCGGUAG